CAUUGCUUCUCUGUAAUUAAUUUCUCCCUCUCUUCAGAUAGACCCAUAAAGUAAGUGAGAAGCAAGGCAGCGCCUCAGUUUUUCAUAUUAUUAUCAUCUACAUACUGCUCUUCCCCACCUAAUCCUGUCAGAAACUCCGGGAAAAUCGCCAGAAAGCGAGAGAAAAUGAAGAAGUCCGAAGCGGUUUUCUGACCGAGUUAAAGUUCUUAUUUUUUCUUUUGUCCAAAUCAGGGGAAGUGAUUGGGAAAUUGAAGGGACCUUGAUUCACGUGUCCCAUCGAAUCCGAAGCUUUUAGAGUUCGCCAUUUUUUGGGGCCAGAUCUUUGAUUUGUUGCUGGAGUUCACUAGCCGAUCUUUGAUGUGUUGACUGGAAAGAUUUGGUGGAUUGAAAUGUUAUGCAUUUUGGGCAGUGGUUUUGCUUGGAUUUGAACUCAGACUCAAUGCCGUUGCUUGAGUGAUUCUCUGUGGAAAUGUCAGCUUCUUUAGCUCCUUUCGAGCGCCCUCGGCCUGGGGCUACGAACGCUGUGUUCAAAAGUGGCCCGCUUUUCAUAUCUUCCAAAGGAAUAGGCUGGAAGUCUUGGAAGAAGCGGUGGUUUAUACUUACACGUACAUCUUUGGUUUUCUUUAAAAAUGAUCCAAGUACCCUUCCACAGAAAGGUGGUGAAGUAAAUAUGACCUUGGGAGGCAUUGACCUAAACAAUUCAGGGAGUGUUGUUGUUAGAGAAGACAAGAAACUGCUCACUGUACUGUUUCCUGAUGGACGUGAUGGGAGAGCUUUCACUCUUAAGGCUGAGACAUCAGAAGACUUGUAUGAGUGGAAGACAGCUCUUGAACAAGCCCUAGCACAAGCACCAAGUGCUGCUCUCGUCAUGGGUCACAAUGGGAUUUUUAGGAGUGAUGCGAGUGAUUCCCUUGAAGGGUCCUUUAAUCAAUGGAGGGACAAGCGUCCUGUUAAGUCUUUGGUUGUUGGAAGACCAAUUCUUCUAGCAUUAGAGGAUAUUGAUGGAGGUCCAUCCUUCCUUGAAAAAGCUCUUCGGUUUCUUGAGAAUCAUGGAACUAAAGUUGAAGGAAUUUUACGGCAGUCUGCAGAUGUUGAGGAAGUUGAUCGAAGGGUUCAGGAAUAUGAGCAAGGCAAGACUGAAUUUGGCUCUGAUGAGGAUGCCCAUGUUGUUGGUGACUGUGUUAAGCAUGUUCUAAGGGAGCUGCCAUCUUCUCCAGUUCCAGCUUCAUGCUGCACUGCCCUGUUGGAGGCCUAUAAAAUUGAUCGGAAGGAAGCUAGGAUCAAUGCAAUGCGCUCUGCAAUACUUGAGACCUUUCCAGAGCCAAAUCGACGUCUGUUACAGAGAAUUCUGAAGAUGAUGCAUACAGUUGCUUCACAUUCAAAUGAGAAUCGGAUGACUCCAUCAGCUGUUGCUGCUUGCAUGGCACCUUUGCUCUUACGGCCUCUACUUGCUGGGGAAUGUGAAUUGGAGGAUGAGUUUGAUGUAAAUGGUGAUAGUUCUGCUCAGCUUCUUGCUGCUGCUAAUGCUGCUAACAAUGCUCAAGCAAUUAUCACCAAUUUAUUGGAGGAGUAUGAAAGCAUAUUUGAUGAAGAAAAUAUGCAAAGAUGCUCCAUUUCAGCAGAUUCCCGGAUUGAAAACAGUGGGAGUGAGGAUUCCACUGAUGAUGAUAAUACAGAUGUCAAAGACAACGGUUACCAUGAUGCAGAGAAUGAAGUUGAUCAAGAGACGGAUGAUGAUGCUGAUCGUGUACUCAGUGGAAAAUUGAGUGAAAGUAGUGGUUAUGCUGGCAGUGAUCUUUAUGAGUACAAGCCAUUUGGAGGUGAUGACUCUGAUGUUGGAUCCCCUAAAGCUGAAAAUGCAAAGCCGAAUACAGAUCCUGAUACCCGACUUACUGAAGAUCAAAACAGGCAGAAAAAGGGCAAUGAGAGAUCAGUUGAUAUGAAGGAUGCUUCAAAUAUGUCACCUAUCACUGAACCUUAUCGUUCCAUGGGUGAGAUUUUAUCUUCCAUGGAUACUGGUAACCAUUCACCUGCUCCUGGGGUGGGGCCAGGUCCUGGAAAGCAAGCCAGUAAGGCUAAUGGCACUAGUAUCAGUUCUAAGAGGUCAACAUUUUGGGGAAGGAGCAAUGCGAGAAAGACACCAUCAGUGGAAUCAGUUGAUUCUUCUGGAGAGGAAGAGUUUGCUAUUCAGAGGCUAGAAAUUGCAAAAAGUGAUUUGCAGCAGAGAAUUGCAAAGGAGGCCAGAGGCAAUGCAAUUUUACAAGCAAGCUUAGAGAGAAGGAAGCAAGCUUUGCAUGAGCGGCGCUUGGCACUUGAACAAGAUGUUUCAAGAUUGCAAGAGCAGUUGCAAGCUGAGAGGGAUCUUAGAGCUGCAUUGGAAGUUGGUUUGAGCAUGUCGUCAGGACAAUUUUCCAGUUCACGUGGCAUGGAUUCUCAGACAAGGGCUGAGCUUGAGGAGAUUGCGCUUGCUGAAGCUGAUGUGGCCAGGUUGAAGCAGAAAGUGGCUGAACUCCACCAUCAACUUAAUCAGCAGCGACAGCAUCACUAUGGUUCACUUGCUGAUGCAUGUGAUCAGUAUCAACAUGUCCCGCAUUAUGCUCAGCAGAGAUUUCUUCAGCAAGAUUUUGAUACAACCCUUGCCUUUUGUAAUCAUGAAAGGAAACAAAGGACUGAGGAAAGUUUGUUGGGCACGGAUUGGAGAAAUAUCAAAGGACAAGUAUUGGCAUCUGGUAGCGGUGGUAGGCAGCCUUCUCGUAAGCAAUUUAUAGACUCAAGUCCAAGUGAUUCUAAAAGUACUGAGGCAUCGACAAGCAUGUCUGUAGAUGACCUCAGUGCUGUUGAUUCUGCCGCAUUGCCCUCCACCUCAAGAGCACCUGAGGUGAUGGAAUAUGCAAGACACCCUUCUGUAGCGUCUUCAACCCUUGUAGAAUUAACUACUCGUCUCGAUUUUUUCAAGGAACGGCGUUCCCAGUUGAUGGAACAGCUCCAUAAUCUUGACUUGAAUUACGGCUCAUCAGCUUCCCAAGACUUCGUCUAUAAACCACCAUCGCCAUCAUGGAGUUGACUGGCCAAAUCAGUGCUUCUUUAUAUCGAGUGUGAAGAAUUUUGUCUCACAUGUACAUCCUUUCCACUUAGUUGCAUGUAUGUAUCCUGUGUUGUUCAUGUACUGUUUCAUACCCUCCCUUCUAUUCAAAUUUCCUAUUUUUCUCUUUUGGCAGUGGGCAGUCAUUGGAGUUUGAAAAAUCCUUCGUUAUAAUAUAUUUUUCUGAAACGCCCUUCUUUCUUUAGGGAAGAGGGCAGAUUGGUGUAAUUAUGUGUUGUGUCAAUAGCUGGGGAGCUUGUUGAACUAAACCAUCUGUUAUGAGGAAACUUGGUGCUUUAGCUUAUUUGUAUGUACAUAAUCAUUUUUAUGUAUCCUCUAGAACCAUUGAAGAAAGCAUGAAAACUAAGCACUUUGAGUGGAAA